AUGAAUCGUCAGUUUGCCGAGGUCCUUGAUCUGAUAGAGCCCCUUCUUCAAAAGGAGGGUGCGCGAGCAAUGUCAAACUUGACCAGGUGCAAGUGGCUCGGCAAAACGAUCAAGGCCCAGCGCACACCAGCAUGGCCAUGUCCACCGACGCGUGAUCUUCCCCGUAAGGAUGUCGCUGAUGCCCUGGUUGGGAAUUACCUCCGAACGUCAGAGACCGUCUACCGCGUCCUCCACGUUCCAACAUUCCAACGUGAUUACGAGGAUGCCAUGAAAUCAAAGAACUCAGACAUGCCCUUUUUGAUCCUUCUGAAACUGGUUAUGGCAAUCGGAUCGUCGAUUUAUGAUGAUCGGUUUUCCAUGAGAGCAACCGCCAUCCGAUGGGUCCAUGAAGCACAGACAUGGAUUUCCGAGCCCGAAUUUAAAGCCCGACUUGGUCUCCAGUUCCUCCAAAUUCACAUUCUCCUUCUUUUAGCCAGAGAGAUUGUCGGCGUUGACGGCGCUCUUGUGUGGAUCUCAACCGGUGAACUGCUUCGCUUCGCUGUGUACAUGGGACUUAAUCGGGACCCAGAAUUCCUCCCCAGAAUGCCCUGUUACUCAUCGGAGAUGCGACGAAGACUCUGGAACACCAUCAUGGAACUCGAUCUGCAAGCGAGUAUGGAAUCAGGAGGUCCUCCUCUCUGCUCCCUGGAAGACUUCAACACCUUGCCUCCCGGCAACUUCGAUGAUGAAGCGAUCACCCAGGAAAACCCAAUGCCAACACCAGAUGAUGUAUUCACUGAUGUAUCCGUUGCCUUGGCCCUGCGCAAGAUGCUGCCUCUCCGCCUAUGCAUUGUCAAGACAUUGAAUGGCAUAUCCUCCCACGCCGGAUACGAGGAAACGCUUCGCCUUGACCAGGAACUACGUGCAGCUUCGAAACUGAUCUGUCGCGAAUUACAGGGAUACAAAAACAGGGGGAGUGGAGGAAGAGUACCAUCUGAUUACCAGACACGAAUCGUGGACUUCUUCAUUCGGCGCUAUCUCACCGCGAUUCACAUGCCAUUCUUCAGUGUGUCGUUGAAGGAAACCCAGUACGCAUUUUCGAGAAAGGUCGUUAUCGAGAACUCGCUGAAAACAUGGUGCACGAUCUUCCCCAUGUCAUCAGCCAUGGCAAGCCAUUCUCAAAAUAACGCGUUGCCUUUAGAGACUGAUGACCUGUCUCGACUUGCCCUUUGUGGAAAUGGCAGCUUCCGCACAUCUUCCAUGCAAGCCGUGUUCCUCAUCGCGGCUGAGCUCAAGACGCAGGUUCAAGAAGAAGCCUCGACCUUAGGUCCGAUGUCCCUCCGCCGUGAUCUUUACUCUGUUUUGCAGGAGGCCAAAAAGUGGUCUCUGCACUGCAUUGAAGCAGGUGAAACAAACAUCAAAGGGUACUUGUUUCUCUGUCUCGUUUGUGCGCAGAUUAAAGGGUUGAUGCACGGUCUCUCAAGGGAGGAACUUCCCGCGAUACUCCUAGAAGCGGCGGAAGAGGCGGAGGCCGGGUGCUUGAAAAUCCUGGAGGGCAAGAUCGAUUCUGCGGCGAUUGGUCUGGAAAGACAGGAUGAUAUUGGAAUGGACCCGGUAUCUGAGAUAAUGGCUGACUGGAGUUUGAUGGUGAGUGAUCCUUCCUAUAUCAAUAUUGAUUCAUGCUAA